AUAACUGGCACCAAUGCCAAAUUUAUUCCACCUCUAAAGGAACCAGAUUACCGUGUCAAGCUGCGUUGCUUGAAUGGUCAUGCUCUUUGGUCGGAAGAUAUUUAUACAAAAUGUCAACCGAGUGCAGUGACAUUACAACAGCAA